CUAAUUGUUGUUGUACGAUUGUGACCUGUUGUCAGUAGAACUAUCAUCAUGAGUUAAAAUAACAUUACCCGAUAAAAGUGAAUAAAAUUUGAUAAAAUGCAUGUUGCAACAUGAUAUAUCAAUCAUUCGUUUAACUGCUACGUACAUUUCGUACAGACAUGUAUGUGUUCCUAGGUUGGUCAUGAAUUACCUGUUCUACUUAGCUGUACUCCUAUGGAGGUUUUUAUAUAGGUAAACGUUACAUUCAAGCUCACUGGUACCUAAAGGUCGUUUCACUGUUUAACCGUUGACUUUGUUUUCUAUUGUGGUCAGCCAGUCGUCCCAGUUUUUCAUAUGUAGAAAAGUCCUUCCUGGAUAUUUGGAUAACCUUGUUUUGCUAUACCUUAUUCCUGCAAUUCAAACGUUAGAUAAUAACCAGCCUCGUUCCCAGUCGUCCUCGGCGAUUUCGGAUGUGACGUCGCCUGUCAAGCUUGUCGGGAAAAUUCGCUACCGCACUCGGUUCCAAGCCUCCUCUGGUAACUCGGAUAGCGCGAACUGGCCUGGGUAUGAGGCUGGAUAAUAACUAAAGAUAAAUCAUUCAGUUACGCGCGGAGUGUUGUCCUUAUAGACGCAGUUCUAUUGGGGUUCUUGACGUAGCUAAAACAGCCCCAAAAUACCAUUACCUUAGUACUCUUUAAACUGUCUUUUGGGUGGCGCUUCAUGUAAACCUGACCUCUACAUUUUAAGUUAUUUUAAGUUAAAAGCAGAUUCAAACCAUCGCUUACGUACUAUAAAAGUGUAGAGCGUAUCAUUAAUGGAAAAGAAUCGAAUAAUAAUCAUUUCCGGUAGUUUGGCAGAUCUAGGUUGUUUCCGAUAAUUUUGCAAUAGGCCAGUUUUGAAGGAUUAAAAUUCAUAUUUUCUUGGUUCUAAAGGGGCAGGGAAUAAAACCAAAGAAAUGAAUAAUUUAUCAGUGAAUCUAAAGGCCUGUUUUUGUUGUUGUUUUAUACCCUUCAGCCUAAUAAUUCAUAACUGUCCCAUUUUUUCAACAGGUGUGGUAGCCAAUCUGAUUCUCUUCCUGACUCUUCUGACGUUUCUGUCGUUUCUUUACUAAGGGAUUAGUCAUGCUCUAAUAAGACAUACUUAAAGACAUUUGUUCCAUAAGUUCUCAGUUCGGCGUUUUCGUUUUCAGCAGCAUUCCCCGCGAAGUUUUAACAGGCCAAUCCCAGUUCACUUCAGUGCCCCUUGAAGACUCUAUUUGUCAAAACAUUCCCGUCUCAGAUCUCUUAGUCUUUGUUUGUUUGCUAAUCAUGAUCCUACUUUAAAAAAGAAAUCAAUACUUCUGCUGAAGAGAAUUGCGUAAAAGAUAUAAAGUCAGCAGUUAUGAACUUUAGCGGUCACAAAUGAUCGUUCAUUGUUAAAGAAAUGCGGUCGUUCAGGAAACCAGGUUUUAGUGCAGGGAUAUUGCUAUGAAAGAUUAAUAGGUGGCUUUUCAGAUUGUUUUGGAGAACAGACGUUUUAGGGAUAUAUACAUAUCCUGCUGCGGUAUAUACCACAGCCGGUGGGAAACGAAAGAGGAAACCAUAGGAAUACCACAAAACCGAGCCUAAAGAUACAGAUAAGAUAAUUCACUACUCCUGGAUAAUUUGAUAGCUUUUUCAUAGGUUGAGAAAAUUAAACUGGAUUCGUAAGAACUUAACUUUAUUGAUAUUUGCUAGACUUAGAAGCGACAAAUACUAUCAAGCCAACAUAGCCCUUGAAAAUGGAAACUGCUCUAUGGAAACUUGAAAGACGCUUCAAGCAUUCAAAAGGAACGAUUCAGAAUUCAGUCAUCUUAGUGAUGAUUUAUGGAUUUGAGGAAUUCAUAAGAACACAAUUUUUCAGGUGAGAUGAGUUUCAUAAAGUCUUCAAACACUCCUAGAUCAUUCUUCAAUCAAACAAGAAAGCGGCUACCUUUCUGAGUUUAAUCGGCAUGGAAGAACUCUUACUAAAGACUCCGGUGUAUGAGGCCGCGAGAGUCAGGACAGUGAUUGUUACCGGUGUAAAAUCUGUAUUUUUGUGCCACGUUAUUUUAAAUUAGUGCAUCUUUUGCUCAACGAGGCAUUUUACAAGAAUGUACUGAAGUGAAAAAACACAAUCGUUAAAAGAAUAAAUCUCGCCGAAACUUAUAGCUUGCUAUUGCCGGCACGUUCGAUUCAUUGUUGUUUAAGGUUGCAUGAAAAAUUUACUCAGGGAGUUGAAGAUCAGCCAACGUUUUAUUUAUUUAUUUAUUUAUUUAUUUUAGUUUUUUGAACAGCAUUUACAAAAGUUGAAAACUCUUUUUUACCUUUAUGGCUAUUUGACUGAUUAUCUUUAUCUUGCUGAACCAAAUCAUUAAUUUUCAAAAAGCUAGUUUCCUGUAUAUGCACCGGUUUUACUUUGGGUUCGCGCUCAAACAUUGACCUCGAGCCUGUGUUAUUCCAAGUUAAAUUAUCGCUAAAAAAGAAAAUGAACCAGAUCUAGAGAAGAAGCUUAAAAAUCACAAUAAAAAACAUAAUUUUCAUAAGCAAACGUUUCCUUCUCGUCGUUUUCAGCUUCUUAAAAUAAAAACUGAAAGAAAACCAGAUUUUUGUAAUACAAGAGAAAUCACGAAAUCAUUUGCAGCUGGCCUUUUAAGACAUUAUUAUUUAUUUAUAACUUUCGCUGUUAAAAUCAAUUGAAAAUCAACUUAAAAAAUUCUUUUCAAAGAACAACAAAAUAACCGGUUUAGUUUAUCGAAACCAAAUACUACAGAGAGCGAGAGAAGUCAGUGUAAAGCCAAGUCAAAUUAGUCUCGUUACCUGAUUCUACCAAGUCGGUACCACACUCUAAGAACUGGGCUGCGUAUCAUUUGCUGGGAAUUUUGUCUUAUUCAACAUGGUUAGCAGGGCUAUUAGGAAUUGAUCGUUCAGUUUGCCAUUUAUAUUACUGAAAGUGAAAGGAAUUCACCUCGUCUGUCUAGCGCCGGGAGAUAAAUGCGCAGUCUUUUGUAUGCCCCGAGUUUCACUGUUAAAAAUUCUGAACAAAUCACAUAUCUUCAUGGUCUACAUUUGUCAUCUUUGUAGUACAAUAUAAACACAAAUCAUAUGCAUGCCGAGUUUCAUUUUUCUUUUUGUACAAGUAAAGGGUGUCGUUACGUAGCCCGCCUGUAUCACUAAAAAAUACAGAAAAGAAUAAUAGACAGAGAGGUAAGUAUUAUUACCUAUAGAAAUGAAAUGACGUGGUCAUGAAUAUGGCCAAUAGGGCACUUCCAAUUAAGUGCAGUUUGAGUUGUUAUGAAUAAACAAAUAACUGAUAAAUAGAUGCUUAGUGGUAGCACAUUCAUGAAGUAUUUGUUGGUCUAAUAAUGUCCCGGUUCUAAUUAGAAUUUGAAAAAAUUGGUUUUGGGGAAGGGGAAAAAACCGGAGCAGCCGCGGCAAAAACUUCUUGCCCUGGAGCAAGGGCAAGAACAACGAUUAAUUUAGCUUACUUGUUAGGAGGUUUCCUCAGUUUCUCCAAUUUUUUGUACACUCAGAAGUUUUGCAAACAGCAAUUCCAACGUUAGCGUGAUACAGUUUUAUAGCCCCUGUAUUUCCUGUGCUUGUUGGGUUUGGAAAGAUCUUGUCAUUUGUUUGAACACUAAACUACUAUUCUAUCAGCAGACCACACCGACAACGCCGAGGCUAAACAUUAAAAAGAUUAUCUGAUUUGUGACGAGGCAUGGAGUCUGUUGGAAAUGAUAAUAAAUGAACUUUGCUAGGAAAUCUUUUUUUCAUUUCCUUUUUGGUUGUUCCUUGAGGAUUUAAACCAAGUCGUGGGUGAAACGGUCCUCAUUAUUUUCCACUUUUUAGGUUUACCUGUAAAAAAACACACUUUAUGAGUCAACUCCCCUUUUUCCUGACAAAACGAUACUCAUUAGUUUUUUCAGGUCAUUUUAAGUGUGUGAAAAUAUAACAAAUGCUCAAAAAAUAGAGGAAGGGUAAAUUUUAGACAAAGACUGUAGUUAUGAGGACAGGCCCGCAGUGUGGAAUUCCCCCCAAAAAAUUUUUCAUGUACCCCUCGGUUUAAUUAUCCACCAAAUCACCAAGAGAGUAGUAGAAAACAUACAACGCACAAGGCCGGAAUUACUUAUGCCCCGGCGGGCCAUUUUGGAGGUGUUUGCUGUUGUAACGAAAAAAGAUGUCUCAUAUUUGUAUGAUAUUACUUGUAAAGAAAAUGAUUCUGAAUUAAAAUUUAGAAGACAAAAACGAGGAGUAUUUCAUCAGAUAUGGAAACAUGGUGAGCAAGGGUGAUACAGUGGUGAGAGCACUCAUCCCCCAUCAAUGUCGCCCGAGUUCAAAUCCCGGCUUCCACGCCUUUUGUGGGUUGAAUAAGUCGUGGUUCUCUCCCUUGCUCUGAGAGGUUUUUCUCCAGGACUCCGGUUUUGCCCUCAGCUCAAAAACCAACAAAUUUCAAUUCGAUCUGGGACGCACGGACACAUUUAAACGAGUUUUAAAGAACUCCUAAGUGCUUCGUUGAGUUUGACUUUAUUUUGUCCCAAAUUUGAAGUAAAUAGACUGUGGGCUUGCGCAACAGCACAGGAGGGAAAAAAAGACGGCAAACCUUGUGUGACAAGUGUGACCAUAACUUUGACUGAAAAAACUUUCCUCCAAACCUAACCCUCCUUUAAAUAGAUCUAUAGGUAAAAGACCAGUAAACAUUAGUUUAAGUGAAGAUCACGACACAACACGCAAGUAACAGCCCUGUCACGUUUGUCACACACAAGCGUUUUGCCGUUCUGCGUAGACUACUAUUUUUUCUCUCCUAACUCGCCAGAUGUCCUUGUACAAACAACUUUUUGUACAGUGUGGUUAUGAUGGCUGGCCCCUCCCUUUUUGAUAACCCGGAGCCAAAGUACUACUCACCUCCAAAGACCUUCUGGAAUGUCCUUCCUUCGUUCGAGUUUGUAAAGUUACUUUCUGAGUUGAUGGCCUACUUGUCACUCAGUCGACUCUUCCAGCCAUUUCUGGCCCCCACGGCAUACAUAACGAUGGUCUUGUUAAAAGCAGACAUUUUUGUGUGUUCCCAAAUUGGUGCUGUGCGCAAUAUUGCUUGCCAGGGUGCUGUGUCAGACACAAAGUUAUCACAAGUAAGAACUUUUGAAAUCCUUGCCAGCUGAUCUUUUAAAGUUACACUUUCUCAUUUAUCCUUUUCACCCAAACAUGCAGCCUGAGAAAAUUCUGAGAGCUAAGUAGCUACACCUAACUCUUGGCUAUGUAAACCAAUAACUGCAACGUAUUUUUAAUCUUCGCUUCCACAUAAAUGCUCAAUUUUCCUUGUAAAAAAUAAGCCAGUGGUUGAAAAACUCUUUCGUCACAUUAUUUCUUUGAGAAUGCGAGGUAUGGGUUAAGGCUUCUUGUGGCACUCGCUGGCAUCCGAGCAAAAAAGCUGUUUUAUCACCAUCAUCAUCAUCAUCGUCAUCAUCAUCAUCAUAAUCAUCAUUAUUAUUUUCUAUUAUUUAUUACGGAGGGAAAAAAACAAGUAUUAUCAGGAGCCAUUCACCCUGGUAAUGUAUCCCUAACUCGGCCCUAAUCUCGUUCCCAGAUCGGCUUUGAGAUCUGGGUACGAGAUUAACUCGGCCCUGAUGAGACUGUUUAUCGUGCUCAUAUGGGUGAAAUGAGUGUCAUCAUACUGUAACACUCAGUACCAAUAUUAGCACUGAAGCACACGUACCAGCGCCGCGGUAUGACCAUUACCUUACACAUGCGCUUAACCAUAUCACCCGGGCAGUGGCAGCCAUGGACAGCUGUUUCGCCGUUAUUGGGGCUCAUCAGCAUGGCACAACCGUCGGACCUCUGUACGGAAAGUCGUAG